AAGUGGAAUUUGUGGUACGGUUAAGAUAGCUGGAUUAAAUCAGAAUUAUUUAUCGGUUCUAAUGUACCGGCUUCGGUUAAGUUUGAGGAGGAGAAAUCAAAAGCGUCGUCUCUGGUUGUUCCUGUGAGUGUUUCUUCCUCAAGCUGCCAACAAAUGGAGCUUUCGUCUGUGUCCGCCAUAUUUGGCCACUCCUCGGCUCAGCUUCUUAGACCUAAGCUCGGGUUUAUGGAUUUACUUCCUCGUCAAGCGGUGAUCGUUUCUUCAUCUUCCCUUCCUCGAUUUUUGCGGAUGGAAUCUCAAUCUCAGCUUCGCCAAUCUAUCUCCUGCGCUUCUUCUUUCAGUGAGAAUGUUUCUCAGGCAACAAAUUCGUCUUCUUCUAUAGCAUUAGCUCGAAUUGGAGAAGUAAAGAGAGUAACAAAGGAAACGAAUGUUUCAGUGAAGAUUAAUUUAGAUGGCACUGGAGUUGCAGAUAGUUCUACUGGAAUCCCUUUUCUUGACCAUAUGUUAGAUCAACUUGCUUCACAUGGCUUGUUUGAUGUGCACGUUAUAGCUACUGGUGAUAUUCACAUCGAUGAUCAUCACAGUAAUGAAGAUAUAGCUCUUGCCAUUGGAACAGCUCUGUUAAAGGCCCUUGGUGAGCGGAAAGGUAUUAACCGGUUUGGUGACUUCACUGCUCCUCUUGAUGAAGCGCUUAUACAUGUUUCCCUGGACUUGUCUGGUCGACCAUAUCUUGGUUACAACUUGGAAAUUCCAACCCAGAGAGUAGGAACAUAUGACACUCAGUUGGUGGAGCAUUUUUUUCAAUCAUUGGUGAAUACUUCUGGUAUGACACUUCACAUCAGGCAGCUUGCUGGUGAAAAUUCUCAUCACAUAAUAGAGGCGACCUUUAAGGCCUUUGCCAGGGCCCUUCGACAAGCAACAGAGGAUGAUCCACGCCGUGGUGGGACGAUACCAAGCUCAAAAGGAGUCUUGUCACGGUCUUGAGAGCUGAGCAAACACACAAGACAGUUCCCAAGUUCACACUUUAUCGUCUGAGUUCAUGAACCAAUUGUCAAAUUUCAUACGUUGCCAAAUGUCAAUCCUGUUGGAUCUUUUGCUGUUCCAUUGCAGAAGCACGAAGAGCAAAAUGUGAAAGACCACACAGCUCAGAAGAUGAUGGGCCUCAUCUUUUUUAUAUUAAUAUAUGUUGUUGGAGAGUGUUUUGAAUCUCUUACCAUUGCUGUAUCAACUGCAGAAGACUGUAAUUUGCCACACACAAAAUAAAAUCGAAAAUAAUCCAAUGUUCUGUUUUC